AUGAAUCCAAACGGUAUGCUUGCAACAAUGAAUGGUGCCGCAGCGGCUGCCGCAGCUGCUGCAGCCGCAGCAGCAGCUCAUAAUGGAAAUAAUACUGUACCAAAUGGUACCAUUUCUGGAAAUGGUACUGGAAAUACUGGAAUAGGUAACACUGGACCGGUAGCUACCAAAAUGGCUAGUAGACAACAUUGCUUUUUGUGUGAUUUACCACGAUGGCCUUGGGCCAUGUGCAAUGAUUAUUUAGAACCGGUUUGCCGUGGUUGUGUCAACUAUGAAGGAGCUGAUCGAAUAGAAAAUGUGAUUGAACACGCACGUCAACUAAAACGUGUACAUGGAUUUCCAGUUGGUGAAACUUCCACGACUCUUGCAAGCAGAAAUUUAUCUCAGAAAGAAUGCUUAUUACAAGCAGGUGCUGGUCGCUUUUCACCUGCUGUUAACCGCGGUGUUAAUCCCGCUAACUUACCCCAAACACCGGCAGCCCAACAUCAGCAGCAGCAACAGCAACAACAAGCGGUUGCCGCAGCAGCUGUUGCAGCAGCGGCACAAGCCCAGAUACCACAAAUACCUCUAAAUCAACUAACCGAGGCUUUAGUACAGCAGCAGCGAUUCAUUUCGUUAACUGGUAGGCAACCAGGACAAUUCACCGCGGAAGAUUUACAUGCCUUGCAGCAGUUACAGCGACCAAUUCAUCUCCAAAAUUCUUUAAUGCAACAUGGUCUUCCAAUGAGUGUAUUUCCAAAUUUGGUAUCAAAUAGUGUUGCAAGUUUGUUACCACCAAAUGCUACACUUGCUGCUGCUGUUGCAGCAUCCAGAAAACGUGAUCAUGAUUCAUCCGAUGACAUAAAACCUGAUUUUUACGGAAAAGUUCAACGUGGUAAGUUACGUUAA